AUGGCAUCUGAUAGAAAUCUUACCUCGAAUACUCCACAAUUUUCAAUAAAUAAUGAUAAUGAAGAUGUUUCAUCAGAUUAUAAUAAUACUAGAAAUCCUUUUGCUGAUGAAGAAGGUGAUAUAAGUUCUUUUUCAUCAUCAUCACAAAACCAAAGAAUAAAUAAUCAUAAUAUUACUGGGAAUCAACAGCAAAAUAAUAAUCAACAUCAUUUAGAUUCAGAGUACGGAAAACCAUUUAAUGCAUAUAGUGGAUAUUACUCAAAUGGUGGCAGUUCAAAUUUAUUAAUACAUGAAAAUUCAAGUUCUGAUGAAACAAGACUAUUAAAUAAAGAUUAUAAUAAUAGUAAUCGAUUAAAUCCUUCAAGUCCUGCUGAAUUCGAUAGAUAUCCAUCAAUGGCUGGUUCAAGGGUUGUAUCAUCAACUUCAUUAGCAUCUCAAUUAUAUAAUCAUCAAGAAAAAACCAAUAGCAAUACUAAACAACAACUGUAUAUGUUUAAUUCACCUUCAUCAAAUUCAUUAGAUGAUUCAAGUUCAAGUAAAUCAUCAAGUCCAUAUCCAAAUGAUUUCAGUCCAUUUGGUGGAUAUCCAGCAUCAUCAUUUCCAUUAAGUAUAGAGGAUAAAGAACCAGAUGAUUAUUUACAUAAUCCAGAUCCAGUAAAAGAUGCUGAAUAUGACAAGAAUAGAUUUAUACAUGACUUGAAAAAUUUGGAUAAAAGAUCAACUGGUGGUUUAAUUGGUUUAAUAAUACUAGGUUUAGCAGCACUAGUAAUAUUUAUAGUAUUACCUGCAGUAACAUAUUCAGGUGCAACAAAUCCUUAUCGUCCUCAAACUUAUGAAAUUUUAACUCAUUACUCAUAUCCAAUGUUAAGUGCUAUAAGACAAUCGUUAAUUGAUCCUGAUACUCCAGAAGAUGCAUUAACUUUAAAAUCGAAAAACGGUGAUUCUUGGCAAUUAGUAUUUAGUGAUGAAUUUAAUGCAGAUGGUCGUACAUUUUAUGAGGGUGAUGAUCAAUUUUUUGCAGCUGCAGAUUUACAUUAUGAUGCUACAAAAGAUUUGGAAUGGUAUGAUCCGGAUGCUGUAACUACUGCAAAUGGUACUUUAGUUUUGAGAAUGGAUGCAUUUAAAAAUCAUGAUUUAUUUUAUAGAUCAGGUAUGGUUCAAAGUUGGAACAAGAUGUGUUUCAGUCAAGGUAGAAUUGAGUUAAGUGCAAGAUUGCCAGAUUAUGGUUAUAAAACAGGGUUAUGGCCAGGUUUAUGGACCAUGGGAAAUUUAGGAAGACCAGGUUAUUUAGCAUCAACAGAAGGUGUUUGGCCUUAUAGUUAUGAUACUUGUGAUGCAGGUAUAACACCUAAUCAAUCAUCUCCUGAUGGAAUAUCUUAUUUACCAGGCCAGAGAUUAAAUUCAUGUACUUGUCCAGGAGAAUCACAUCCAAAUAGAGGUACAGGAAGAGGAGCACCAGAAAUCGAUGUUAUUGAAGGUGAAAUUAUGACAGAAGAUGUUAAAACAGGUAAAGCAGGUAACGGUGUUGCUUCACAAUCUUUACAAUUAGCUCCAAUGGAUAUCUGGUAUAUGCCAGAUUAUAAUUUUAUUGAAAUUUAUAAUAAAUCAAUUACAACAAUGAAUACUUAUGCAGGUGGUCCUUUCCAACAAGCUUUUUCAGCAAUCACUAUGUUAAAUACAACUUGGUAUGAAAGAGGUGAUGAUUUAGAACAUAAUUAUCAAAGAUAUGGGUUUGAAUAUUUAAAUGAUGAUGAUAAUGGUUAUUUAAGAUGGUAUGUUGGUAGAGAUCCAACACUUACUGUUUAUUCUAAUGCAUUACAUCCAGAUGGUAAUAUUGGUUGGAGAAGAUUAUCAAAAGAACCAAUGUCAGUUAUAAUGAAUUUAGGUAUAUCAAAUAAUUGGGCAUAUAUAGAUUGGAAUAGUAUAAGUUUCCCAGCAAAUUUUCAUAUUGAUUAUAUUAGAGUCUAUCAACCAGCUAAUGAAAUAAAUAUUGGUUGUGAUCCUGCAGAUUAUCCAACUUAUGAUUAUAUUCAACAACAUUUAGAUAUUUAUUCAAAUGUGAAUUUAACUUCAUUUGAAGAUGCUGGUUACACAUUUCCAAAACAUAAAUUAAAUGGUGGAUGUUAA